ACCUGAUACUCGCCACCUGAAACCUUGGCACGGCCACAAUAUUAUAACGAGGUUUGUCCGCCCGAGCUCCACGCCUGCUCUGCCCGUUCGGUAUAACUUUUGGACGAAACGACGACAGCACGGAGCGGGACGUUCCGCAAAGGAAUUAGGGAUAUUUCCACCUGGGUGAUUGGGGCGGGUGGAUGCCGGUCGAGCGGAGAUGGUAGGUAGAUCUGCGACAUUGCCCUGCAUGACACCGGCACCUGUACCGGAGCUCGCUUGGCUUUCCUGCGAGCUUGAAUGUGCUAUGGGCUGAAAUGGUCGGGAUUUGAGUAUAAGUACGGGGAAGUGUGUCGAAAUCUGGGGUAUCGCUUCCAUCCGUGGAUCAUCCUCGAAGACUGGAGCACUGCACUUUGACCUAGCCUCAAACGAGUAUCACACAGUACCGAAUUUCAAGAUGAAGCUCACUUCCGUUUCCGCCCUGUUCCUCGCGGGCCUGCGUGCGGUGGACGCCCGGACAGCCUACUUCUGCGGUGACAGCACCAUGGCAGCCCGAGGCGCCAACGACGGUGACACUGACGGCUGGGGCGCCUACAUUGGCAAAUACCUGACCAUCCCCGCCGUCAACAAGGCCAUUGGCGGUCGCUCCGCGCGCUCGUACUACAACGAGGGCCGCUUCCAAGAGGUGGCCAACCUCGUCCAGCCCGGGGACAUUGUGGUCAUUGAGUUUGGCCACAACGACGGCGGGUCACCCGAGAGCAACGACAAUGGACGAUCGGACUGCCCUGGCGCGGGCACGGAGACGUGCAUAUCGGACAAGACGGGUGAGACGGUGUACACCUUUGUCUUCUACGUCAUCCAGGCGUCUCGCCUCUUCCUGUCCAAGGGCGCGACCGUCGUCCUGAGCUCGCAGACGCCCAACAACCAGUGGGAGACGGGGACCUACCAGGGGGCGCCCAGCCGGUUUGUCGGGUACCAGAAGACGGCCACCAAGGCGCUGAACAACCCCGAUGUCACCUUUGUCGACAACUUCCAGGCUGUCAGCAACCUGUACCUCUCCCUCGGCCGGGAUGCCGUCAACGCGUUCUAUCCCAACGACCACACGCACACGAGUCCCGCGGGUGCCGAUGCCAUUGCUCAGGCGUUUGCUGGUGCCGUUGCGGCAGGUAUGAAUGGGACCACGAGCUUGACGCCCUUUAUCAAGUGAGGGAUGAAGCAGAAGGGAGAGGGCGCCGUUUUUAGUCCGGUAUAUACAUACAAUGAUCAAGCGUAGCAAGCAUCUAUGUACCUGGUCAGGCAUUAAAAUGAAUCCGUGUAGGAUGAUUACCU